UUUUUUUAGUAUAAUUUUUUUUUUCUUCUUUGUUUCUACUUUUGUUAUGAAUCAAAAACAAAGAUAUUGUAUAUUAUUUACACUUUUAUUCUUUGCAUUGUCUACUUUAGGCAUACUUUAUCGUUCACCUGGAUUAGUAACAGACCUUGGUUAUUAUACUCGACCUAUUUGGGAUAAAGAAAGUCAAAGUUUUGAUUAUCAACGUCAUUUUUAUGCGAAUGAAGUACCUAUGAAGGAAUUAUGUGAAUUGAAUGGAUGGACGUUUAUUGAAGAUAAAAAUCAACCAAAACCAAAAGUAUAUGAUGCUGUUAUAUUUAGUGUAGAACUCGACCUUUUAGAAAUACGACUUCAUGAAUUAUGGGAUGUAGUAGAUCACUUCAUCAUUUUGGAAUCAAACUCUACUUUUACUGGUGCCACUAAACCAUUGACAUUUUUAGAAAAUCAAGAACGAUUUCUUUUUGCUAAGGACAAGAUUUAUCACAAAGUUAUUUAUCAACAGGGUACUCUACCGGAUGGAGAAACACCUUUUUAUAAUGAAAAUGCUAUGCGACAUGAAAUGAAUCAAGUAUUUAAAGAUUUAGGUGUAGCAAAGGAUGAUUGGGUGAUUAUGUCAGAUGUGGAUGAAAUUAUUCGUGGAAAAACUCUUCAAUUAAUUACACAAUGUCAAGGUGUACCAAGAGCACUUCAUCUUCAAUUACGAAAUUAUUUAUAUUCUUUUGAAUUUUUUGUGGAUUAUGGUUCUUGGCGUGCUCAUAUUGAAAGAUAUGAUCCAGAUAGUACUCAAUAUGGACAUUAUCAAAUUACUCCUCUUAUGUUAGCUGAUGCAGGAUGGCAUUGCUCUUUUUGUUUUAAAGAAUUGACGGAUUUCCAAUUCAAAAUGCAAAGUUAUUCUCAUGCGGACCGAGUCAGGGAUCCAUCACUUUUAGAAUUGGAUCGUAUUCAAAAAGUGAUUUGUGAUGGAGGUGACAUAUUUGGAUAUCCGCCUGAAGCUUACACUUACAAGGAUUUAAUCAAUAAAAUGGGAAAUGUACCAAAACUUUUGACUGGUGGUGGAUUACCUGAUUAUGUAUUAUCAAAUGGAAAGAAGUUUAAUUAUUUAUUACCUGGUGGAUGUAUUCGCCAUUGAUUCCCUUUUAUAUAUAGAAUUAUUUUAUAUUGAUUAUUUUUGAAAAAUAAAAAAAAAAAGAAAAAA